ACUGAAAACAAUCAACAAUCGGUGAAAAAUCGAUGACUUUUGUACAUCUCUAGGUUUUGGUUCUUUUCCUCCGUGGUUUUCGAGUAAUAGGAUGGCUCCAACUGCCAAGACCAACAAGGGUGAUACCAAGGCUGCUAAGCCAGCCGAAAAGAAGGCUGCGCCAGCCGCGGCUAAGGGCAAGGUGGAGAAGCCCAAAGCUGCUGAGGCCGCCAAGCCUGCAGCUGCUGCCGCCAAGAACGUAAAGAAGGCGCCGGAAGCCGCUAAGGACGUUAAGGCCGCCGCCGCAGCCAAGCCCGCUGCUGCUGCUAAGCCAGCUGCUGCCAAGCCCGCCGCUGCUAAGGAUGCCGCCAAGAAGGCACCAGCAGCUGCUGCUGCCGCGCCCAAGAAGGACGCCAAGGCAGCACCUGCUGCUACCAAGAAGGCAGCUACCACUGCCGCCGCUGCGCCCCCAGCUAAGAAGGCAGCUCCUGCUGCCGCCAAGGCUGCACCAGCUGCUGCUGCUGCUGCCGCUGCCGUUCCAGCUGCGGCUGCUGCCAAGCCCGCUGCUAAGCCGGCUGUGGCCAAGCCCAAACUGAAGCCUGCCACACCAGCGGCAGUGCCCAGCAAGGUUGUUAAGAAGAAUGUGCUGCGCGGCAAGGGCCAGAAGAAGAAGAAGGUCUCGUUGCGUUUCACCAUCGACUGCACCAACAUUGCUGAAGAUAACAUUAUGGAUGUUGCAGAUUUCGAGAAAUACGUGAAGGCUCGCCUUAAGGUCAACGGCAAGGUGAACAAUCUGGGCAACAAUGUCACCUUUGAGCGCUCCAAGAUGAAGCUCCAUGUCAGCUCCGAUGUGCACUUCUCGAAGGCCUACCUCAAGUACUUGACCAAGAAGUACCUGAAGAAGAACAGCCUGCGCGAUUGGAUCCGUGUGGUUGCCAACGAGAAGGACUCGUACGAGCUGCGCUACUUCAGAAUUAGCUCCAACGAUGACGAGGAUGAUGACGCGGAGUAAAGAUCUAUCAAAACUAAAUGAUAAAACCAUCAAAUUUUGUACAAGCUCUGUUUUUUUAAACGAAGACAAACACAUGGUUUACCUUUAAAGAAAAAA